AUGUCUGGCAUCCUCCAACGCGCGGACGAUAGUUCUGUGGUUCCCUCUCCACUCCCACAGUCAGUUGGAUAUGGAGUUGUUGUAGCUGUCGGACUAAUCUUUGCCUUUGGCAUGAUGGGUGUCACAGCCAUUCUGAAAAGAACCCUCCACGAAGAUAACUCAAAAGCCGAGACGUUCAUGGUCGCCAAUCGAAGUGUGCAGGCCGGUCUUGUUGCGUCUGCUGUCGUUUCGUCUUGGCUAUGGAGUACAGCUCUAUUGAGCUGUGUCUUAGUGACUUACAGCUAUGGCAUUAGUGGUGCCUUUUGGUACGGUGCUGGGUGUUCAACCGUUAUAGUUUUCUUCGGAUACCUUGGCGUGGUUUGCAAAAGUCGCGUUCCAGAGGCACAUACCGUUCUCGAGGUUAUCCGCAUUCGAUAUGGUACUGUUGCACAUCUCAGCUUUACGUUCUUGGCCGUUGUCAACAACCUUUUAAACACCAUCAACAUGAUUCUCGGCGCAUCCGCAGCUAUAUCCUUUCUCACCGGGAUACAUAUCAUGGCUUUUACCUUCUUGCUGCCUCUCGGUGUGAUUCUUUAUACUCUUGUGGGUGGUAUCAAAGCGACCUUUCUCACAGACUACAUUCACACAUUCAUCAUCCUAAUUCUGUGUUGUUGGUUGACAGCGAAGGUCAUCACAUCUGAAGCUGUUGGUUCAAUUGGGGGGCUUUAUGACCUGGUUGUUGCUGCUCAAGAGAGGCAUUUGAUCGAAGGCAACUACAACGGCUCCCUUCUGACGAUGACAUCUCAACAGGGAAUAUUCUUUGCUAUCAUACUGUUGGUUUCCAAACUGGGGGCCGUCAUUAUGGAUACAGGUUAUUUCCUGAAAGCUUUUGCUGCAUCUCCGAGUGCCGUUGUACCAGGUUACGUUCUUGGGGGUAUCUCGUACUUCAGCAUACCUUGGUGUCUUGGUACUGUCGUGGGAAUGGCCUCCCUAGGGCUUGAGGCGUUACCGAUUUUCCCAACAUAUCCAAGAACAAUGACAAGUGCUGAAGUUACUAACGGAUUGGCCCUUCCAUAUGUGGCUGUGGCCGUUGCAGGCAAAGGAGGUGCGGUUGCUGUGCUGUUGAUGACUUUCAUGGCUGUUACAUCCACUCUUUCUGCACAAAUCCUUGCCGUUUCCUCUAUCUUAACGUUUGACAUCUACCGCGUGUAUUUCAAUAAGACCGCUGGUAAUAAGGAAGUCAUUCGAUGGGGACACCUGGGAGUUGUCUUCUUUGGGUUGGUGUCUGCUGGAUUCACUGCGAUGUUUUAUUAUAUCGGCGUGGACAUGGGUUGGACAUUGUACAUGCUAGGUGUUUUAACAUGCCCUGGGGUCGUCCCUCUAAUCUUCACCCUAAUUUGGCGCAAGCAGAGCAAGAUAGCAGUUGUUAGUUCUGCUUUUCUUGGCAUGGCAACGGGCCUUGGAGUUUGGCUUGGUUCUGCCUACGCCUUCUCUGGAAGUGUUUCCAUCGCAUCCACUGGGGGGACGUUACCUUGCAUGUACGGGACAGUAGCAUCACUUUUCAGUCCCAUGCUUUACAGCGUUGCUAUAUCUCUGAUUAGACCCGAAAACUACGACUGGAGCGAUUUUCAAGAGGAGAAGCUCAUCAUCGAUUCCGAGAACGACAGACGAGAGGAACCCCCAUCACAGGAUAGAAAGAGCCCUAGCACAGCUGAAGUUCACAUAUUGGACGACAGCACCCAGCAACGGUGGGCUAAAUAUGCUUUGUGGUGGGCAAUUGCAACUUUCCUCGGGCAUUGGGUGCUGUGGCCACUACCAAUGUACGCAGCAAGAUACGUCUUCAGUAAGCAGUUUUUCACAGCAUGGACUGUAGUUUCGCUCAUAUGGCUGUGGUGGACACUUCUCGCUGCCGGGUUCUAUCCUAUAUGGAACGGCCGUCAACAGAUCAAGGCAGUGUUGCAGAACCUAAGGCAAUGA